UCUAAGUCUGAAAUCAUAUGCUGUCGGAAAGUAAUGCAGCUUGUGAACGUUCUGGCAGCCAAUGAUGCUGACAGGAAUGGCAUAUUCUACUGACAGAAUGCGGUUUAAAGACAAAAUAAUAGCAAAUAUUGCUAAAGCCAUUAAAGGAAUUCAAGAAGCAGUAUUUUAUCGGAAUCGAGCACAACCUGAAGACAGCACCUUGGUUCUGAGAAACAAUGAUAGAGAGUGCCACAAGCUUUGCGAGAACCUUGACCAUGUCUUUCUUCAUGGACUUCGCCAUGUUACAAAUGGCUACUGGAAAGUUAUUACAGAAUUUACACGAAAAGAUGCUGUGAAGGAAAUACAGAAUUUUAGUAACAUAACAACAGAUCUUGGCAGAGGUCGUGCCUGGAUAUUCAUGGCUCUGAAUGAGUGCCUUCUGGAGAGUUAUAUUCGCAACAUAUCGGGUGAUGCCAGGCGUCUAAAAAAGUAUUACGUAAAGGAAGCUCUUCUUUUGGAUCAACAGCAAAUGAGUGUCCUGUUAACCUUGACAUCAGGACUUGAAUGUGUAGUCUUCAAGCUAGAGUGUGAUUUGCCAUACUUAGACCUUAGUGCAUACCCACCACGCACUCGAACAGCUUCUGAGCUUGAAGAAGAGGACUCUGACCAUAUUUCUCAUCAUAGUGUUAGCAGCUUCUCUUCACGGCAUAACAGUGAAACCGCUGCCUCCACACCUGAAUCUGUGAAAGCUCUUACUGACAGUGACACAUCCAGUCUUAGCAGUCUAGAUGCUGGGGCACUACGACAGUCAUUUAACCGCAUCAGCUCCAUCUCAGCUGACUCAGGUUUUCCAGGCGACAUCAUCAGUCUUCAGGGCAGCAAACAACGAAGUACAACACCAACGGACACAAUAUCAAUUUCUAGCCAUGGAUCAGGAGGAGAACCUGACAGACUAACCCGACUGGAAAGCUUGGUGAAGGAUGUAGAGGAGACUGAUGGAGGAGGCCUGGAGGUCAUUCGUGUCCGAGGAGGAAAGAAGUCAUCUGUUGCCAGAAAGAAGAAGAAGGUGGACAAGAAGAACAAUAACGAAGGAUUAAAGUUGCAAGGAUCAAAUGCUUCAGGAUCACAGAACAGUAUACGUGAAAUGGGAAGCAGUGGUGCUGGGGAUGAUGUAUUUGCAUCUGAAAAUCCCCACACCUCUGAGAAUCUGGUUUUAUUGUCAGACUCUUAUGUACUGGAAUUAGAGAAUAAACAGCAGUCUUCAGAUCUUGAAGUACUUGUGAAUUCCUACUCCACUAUCACAAGGAGACCUUCUGAUGGUACUGAUGGUGCCGGCACAUUAUCUGUGAAAAACACAAUCGAUAAUAAUGAGGAUGGUCCCUAUGUUGCCGAGCAGCGAGAAGAAAAAAUACUGAAUAAUGUUAUUCCUGGAACUGUUGAUGCUGCAAAAGUCAGUGCAGACAUUUGCAAAGAGAAAAGCUUGUCUGGAAUUCAGAACAAAGUGCAGUUUGUGUUUGAUUCUGAACUUUCAUCUCAACUAAACCCAGAUAAAUUGCUCGUCACAUGUUCAGAGAAAUCACACACUUCUGAAUCUGCCCAAGUGAACAAAGAUACCUGUGAUACAAACUGUAAUCCAUCUUUUCAGCAAGAUCAGGGGCUGUCGCAAACUCAGCCUUUGCAAAAUGUUGAGCACAAGCAUGCAUUUGCUGUUAAGGAGCUGGAGUCAAAAUGUGCUGAAUUGUGCAGACCUGUGGAAGAGGGCCCAGAGGAAAAUAACAGUACUUUCAACUCAAAGCUUCCCAGCAUGUCAGCUUCCUACCCCAAAACUGUCAGUAAUAAUUGGGAUGCACACUGUGCUCAGAAGAAAGAUUAUGAACACGGUCUUUUUGUGAAGGAAAAUGGGGUUUUAAAGACAGAAAUUGAUACGGAGCAGGAUGAAGAGCAAGAAGCAGACUUCUAUGGUGAUUCAAGUCCAGCACAUGUUUCUUCACCAAGAACUCAUUCCUUCAGUCAGCUGCAAGAUUAUGUUGAUUACAUUUCAGGCAGUCACGAGGACCACCUUAUCAAUGAAGUGGAUGCUUUCCAAAGAUCUGUCGGUGUCUGUAGUUCCGAAGACAAAAGUGGAAUCACUUGGACAAAAGAAUAUGCAUUGAAGUUAGACAACAACACUAAGCUGCAGAUCAUGCUAGAUGUAUUUCGCCAUGAUGAUGAGGAGUUCUUCAAGAUGUUUGUGACCAGAGAAGGCCACACAGAGGGAGACAUAAGGAUAGUCUACGUACUUGUAACCAACUACAUGUUUUAUUUGCUUUAUAAAAAGGACCGUAAAUUUGUGGCAGAUUUUGCCAUACAGCUCAAAGACCUGAGUUUUGUUAGUUUGAGCCUGAAUAAACAAAUGCUCCACAUUGAGAGUACAGGUUCCAAUAGAAAGAAAGAGAGAAUCUGGUUGACACCAGGAGAUCAGAUUUUAGCACAAGAAAUGGUGGACUGCAUGGAAGCAGCUGUGAAAAAUGUCCUGCCCAUAACAAUGCGAGCAUGCCAUUUCAGUACAGCUAGUGAUGACCCCACUGACGCCAUUGCUCUCAGGAAAUACAUCUCUCAUGAGUGUCACUGUGAGGAUGAUAAUCUUGAAGACUACUCACUUGUUUUCUGGGAGGAUGCUCAGGCCCGUAAGACUCGAUCAACUUCAGUAACACGAGAAGGUACUCUUCUCCUACGUAUUCUUGACCCUUUUAAGGGGCACAAAUGGAAGACAGUUUUUGUUGUGCUGAGGGACUUUAUGUUGUGCAUUUUUGACAACAAGACAGACAGCAAGCCCCAACAGUAUUUAUGCCUUGGGGGAGAGCAGUGUGUUGGAUGUCGGUUGGAGACCUUGCCAGAUCGCCCUUACUGCAUAGAGAUCAUACUGGCUAAAGGAGGCAGCUGGUAUCUCAGUGCUGGCUCAGAAGAAGAUGCGUCAUCUUGGAGACAAGCCCUUUGUCUGGCGGUAUCUGAAGGCUUGCAGCAGGACAAUGCUACACUCAGCUGCUUACCAUGUGUUUCUGUGGUAACACCACAAAAAUUGUUGCUGUGUCAUGAGGAUGUGCAGACCAGAUUUUUCCGAACCAUCGCAAGUGCUAAGGUGGAAGAGGUUACGGCCCUGAUACUUGAUGCUGACUACAAGACUUACUGCAUAGUGGAAUUUGAGUCCCAAGAGCAAGGAGUUAGCAGUGAGCAAUGGGUGUUUUAUUUCAAUACUCCACUUGAGUUGGAUCGUUUCACUACUGCUCUAGGCAAGGUCUGGAGACAAUCAUACCAGGUUCCUCUGUCACCUGGUGCCAUUGACAAUUUGUUGCUGCAGAGACAUUGUCAGGAACAGGUUGAGAUUCUUCAAAAGGAUUUGGAUCAGAAGCGAUGAGUGUUGACAUCUUGAUAAUAUGUUGUUUUUAUCUUGGUGAUUCUGGCAUAAAUGGAAAAGUCUGAGAUAGGUGGCAGGCUUGCCCUGUGUCGUGAUAAGACUUCUGAAGUUUUUAACUCCUUUGUUAUACCCAGGAGCACAGUAAGUCAUAAUGUUUUAUUGAAUCAGUUGUGAUGUAGACUCCUGGCUUAUACAUUUAAUAUUCAUAGUUCAGUUUAAUGAGCAUUGAACAUUGCUGAAGGUCAUAAUUGUUAACAUUCUUGUUGCAACUUUGUUGUUUAGUGGUCUUUGUCAGCUCUUCUGUUUCCUCUCAUCACAGUCAUGCUUCAUCCUGUGGCAAUAUCAGCUUAUUCCCUGUACUCAUUGAACAUUCCAAAAAUGUCCCUUUUACACACUAUGCCUUGUCAUUAUUUGUGGAGAAUGAAGGUGUGUGUGUGUGUGUUAUAAAUUAUAAGUAGAUGAUAAAUCCUUCUCUUUCUAAUUAUAAUGUGAUACCUCUUCAGAGGCAGAACUUUGUUUACCUUGUACUUCUCAAACUUAUGGAGAAAGGCUCAUUUUCCAUCUCUUAAUUUAAAUUGUCUGGUCUUAUGAAUGAUGGUGACAGUGAAAGAGAGAACAAGGCAUAUAGGUGAGUGUGCAUUUGUAAGAAAGAAAAUGUGUGUGGGAAGUGUAUGUGUAUGGAAGUGGGUGUGAGAGGAAAAAGAAAAUUGUAUGAUGUGUAAAUGUGUGUGUGAGUAUGACAGACUGAAAAUGUUUGUGGGUGUGAGAUACUGCAUAUACGUGCUUGAGUGCACAUAUAAAUAUGUGAGGGCAGCAUCAAUCAGCUUUCUAAACUUUUAUAAAUAUGUUCAUUUUUUAAGUACCUGUAAAUAAGAAAGAUAAAAAGUUAUCAAAGGUGGUCCAGAAAAAGACAGGACAUAAAUUUAAAUGGUUCUCUUUGCAUGAUAGCCAUAUUCGAUCAAAAAUAGACAAGUUGGAAAAUCAGAAAACCUAACCACAGCUCUGUGGCUGCUCGGUUUAGUGCACUGAUAACAUAAGCAUUGUGUGAAACAGUUCUUUUUACUGCUGUUUUAUGUAUUUUACCUCUAUUAUGUAUUUUAAGUGUGUGGUGUAGGGUAUUGGUCUCUGAGAAAUUUAAUCAGUGAAAUGUUUGUAGCAGCACUUGUGCUAUUAUUUCUAGACUAUUAAAAGAACAGUUCACAGCAGAGAGAGGUAUAGAGGGAAUAGAGAUGUCCCUGGAAGUGAUGAAAUACUGACCUCUCUCUUUUGCUUGCACAGGGUAAUCUUUUUCAAAAGGCACUACAUGUAUUUAGUAGAGCUGAGUGUAGUGACUGAGUUUAUUUUAGAUGAAAAUGCUCGGACUAGAAGUGGCUACACUGUGAUAAAAAUAAGGAAUGUAGACUUUCUUUAUUUUGUUGGUAAUUUCUAAAACAAUAAAGGAAUAGGUGAGAAGGUUAUUAUUUAAUAUGUAAAAUUAAUUCUCUUUUUCAUAUGUGCAACUACAAUUUGUUUGAUUAUUGCAGUCAGUAAGGUACUUUGUUUUGUUUCAUUACAAGCAUUAAAAUACCAGUGGCUGUGUUUUUAAAAAGAAUUAGAAAAAGUGAAAUGUGGAAGAAAAGAGGAAGAUUAGGUGCUAUUUAUAAGGACUUGUAGAACAUUCCCAUAUGAAUGACUUUGCUGCAAUAGUCUGCUCACAGCAACAUGCUCAGCUGAAUGUAUUGUUAAAUUGUCAUGAGGAUAGUGUCGAUAUGUCUUUGGGCUUUCAUCCAGAGAAAAGUGAUGCAGGUUAGUAUUGACCGGGUUUUCAUUUCUGUAUUUACCAAGCAGUUGUUAGGUCAGAACUAAAUUAAAAUAACUGAAAAACAUUUCAGUAGCAUUUGUAUCAUUUGUAAUUGGUCAUUAUGCUCAUCUUUAUUACCAGUUUCACAAUAAAUACAUUUUUUAUGAUUUUGAAUGGCAACACAAGGUAGUACCCUUCAUGCAAAUCAAAGCACAAUUAUUUAUAGCCAAAAAUGAUGCUGAGAUUGAAAAUUAACUGAGAACAGAACGUAAUAAAAAAUUAUAUCAGAAUUUGAAAUAUUUUAUAAUCCUGAUAAUGUAUCUUUGUUAAAAAAAAAUUGUUUCUGAUGAUUUAAGAUGAAACAUGAUAUAUUAAAUAAAGAUUUUGGUAUGUUGUUUCCAGGAGCUCUUUACCCUCCACUUAUUUUAAAAGAAUAAUCCUUUAUAUUAAAUCCAGUAAUCUUUGUGUUUACAUUCUUUAGUGCCAUUUAAAUGUGUACCUGUAGUAUUAUGAAGGUUUGUAAUAAAAAUAUACAGUAACACCUCCUUAAGACCUUCUGUAUCAUGACCUCCUCUUAGAUAUGACCCAAAGUUUUAUAAUGGAUUUAUUUUGCUUUAUAACCAUCAUUUCUGUUAUGACUGCCUUCCAACUCCAACAGUUUUUUUGCAAUGUUAUGACUUUUUUUGGUUAAGUUGGGACGUAAAAUAAAAUCAAACAUUUAAAAAUAGACUACUUUUCUAAAGACUGCUUGUCUGUUGGGUCACCGGUCAUUUUUACCCCAAAUCAUAUUGCGCCUGCAAUAUUGCCCAUCCACUUGAGUUGAAUCAAUUCUGCCAUGACCAUACCAUCCUGUACGAAACUACAUUGACCCAACACUAAAAGUCAGUGAUCGAGGCCCAAAAAAACUGAGUGACACAAAUAGCUACUAACCCUCUUAGCAUGAUAUCUGUAUUUACCAGUACUUUCCUGUGUUUUUUUCAAUUUACAAUAAAACAACUAAAUAUGAUCAUAUUCCUUCAAAAUUUUAGACUGAAGAAGCACUGACCAUCCCUUUUUUUUCAAAAUGUAGUUCAUGUUUGAGUGAGGUAGGGGAAAACAUGACAUGAAUUACACCAUGUUAAUGGCUGUCAACACCAUCUGUACAAUAAUAAUGAUAUCCCUGCCAUAUUUUACAAGUAUGUUGUGCACAUGUUCUGUAAUGAAAUGAACCAUUCUCAAACCGAUACAUUAGAAACAUUUAAAAAUACACAAUCACAAAAUUUCUUUGCUGUGAAAAUCUAGUUUCUUCUUUACCUGCAAGUGUGACUAAGGUUCAGUUUAAAAAAUACAAUGUAAAUCACAAAUCUGCAAAAAUUUUAUAAAAAUCAGAUAAAACGUUAAGAAAAUAUUUUGACAAAAGUGACAUGAGCAAAGUAUACCUCGCUUCACUAAAAUAUGAAUUACGCCAAAGAAAAAAAGGAUUGUUCUGCAGGCACCUAAUUUAAACUUCUAUAAACAGGGAUGGCCCAUGCUAAUUUGGUGAAAAACUUUGAAGGCAUGUGAUUAAAUUUAGUGGUUUUAUCAUAAUUUGAAACAAAUGCAGGAAAAUACCAUCUUGCAAGUUGUUAUUAGUGGUGUCAAAUAGACUCGACAGGAGAUUGACAUGACACUAAGGUGACAUGAUUUUGGGUCAUAACUGGGCUUCACUGUCAUUGCUGUCUUUGUUUACCAUCAAACAUCAGUUGAUCAUGUUUCAUUAAUGACCGUGGACAGAAGUCAUAAGUUUAUUAAAGUGAGAUUCACGUGACUGACUGACUGUGCUCUAUUGCAACUUUUUGCUAAAAUCAUGAUUUGAAAAAUAGGUAUGGUGCAUUUUAAGAAAGCGUCUUUGUCUACCGCAGUAAACAUAUCAAUUGCUCUUACACGUGCCAUAUUAAUAUUAAUCCCCAAUCAAUCUUCAACAAAGUGUAAUAAUGGCAGAAAAAGCAUGACUGAGCAAAAGCAAAAAUGACAAAAGUUCCAUGAUAUGGUUUCAAGAGCUUUAUUUUCAGCAUCGAAAUAAGUGAACUUUAAUUUAUGUGUUUGUUCAUGGAAUCUAAGCAGACUGGUCAGUUUCCCCCACUAAGAUUCCUCUCAGUUACAACCUAAUUUGGUGGAUUUUAGCAAGGUUUUUAGGGAGGUUUUACUGUAUUUUGAGCAAUUUAGGAUGUUACCUGUUGUAUCUGUAUUAAGCUCUAGCUACUUUUCAUUCUGCAUCUUUAUCUAAAAUUGCAGUGUGUGUGUUUCCACAGACGUAUGUGUGUGGGAAAGACGGAACUAGAACUUUUCAGUGGCCGCUUGUCAUUCAUUCAUUCCCAUACAUAAUCACAGAUUAUUUCACACUUCUGCUGAUCUAGUUUUAUUAGUUGCUGGCAGCUUUGUAUUAAAUCAUUUUAUUUUUGCCAUCUGUACCACUUAUCGCUGAUUUCUUUCUUUUGUGAAACUGUGUUGCUUUUAUGGUGUUACAAGAUCUGCAGUUCAUAACAGUGGAGAUAAUCGAGUCAACAGAAUGAACAUUAGGUUAGUUUUCUGUUCUGACAUUUAGCAAGGAAAUGUCAUUCGUGUGUGAUGCAAAAUUUUUUCUCAGCUUAUGCACAACAACAAUUUUAACUAGUUCUCUUAGGUUCUUUAUGUGAGCAGAUUGCAACUGCUGUACACUAUGCAAGACCUGCAUCUGAAAAUUAUUCUUGCUUAAAUUAUUUCAGUGGCAUCUUUGUUUUUAUAAAAGAUGUUUUUGAUUUGUCACUGUUACACUUGCACACAAAUUGAGAUUAUUGGAGUGUUGUCAGAGUUUUAUUCAGUUUUCUUGGCCAUUAUGCAUAUCUCUCAGUUUGCCGCUGAGCAAUUUAUGUUUCAGCAUUAACAAGUCAAACUGAAAGGGAAAAGCAAGUAAAGUGUUGGGCUUAUUCAGAUGAUCCAUCUCUAUCAUUUAAACUCACUUUAUAAUUGACUUGAUUUUCCUUUUCAAGUGGUGGUAAUGCUAGGUGUAUGCCUAAACUGGAAACCCUUGUGUUAAAGUUAUUUUUAUGUGAUCAUUUUCUGUUAUUUAUAAACUUGUCAUUCUUAAAAUUGUGCAAUUGCUCUUCUUCGAGAGCAGUUGAAACCAGAUACAUGCAGACACUUCACCAUUGUGUAAUCUGAGAUUGAGAAUAGCAGAUGUGCUGCUCAUUUGGGGGAGUAUGUUAUUACUGCACAUGGCGUGCAGAUUUUUAUUUACUUUGUAGUUUCAUUGUGUUUCAGAUCAUGUUUUGUGUAAAAUGCAGCAUGAAGUAGUCUUUAUGCUCAAUAUUUAAAUGGCGUUGCUUAUUAGCUGUAGGCAGUGUGCUCAAAUUACCUUUAAGCAAAGGUUCAUUUUGUGGCUUUAGUUAAGACCUAGACUAGUGAGGGGAACAUGCAUGAUGGUCUUGAACACCAGCUAUGAGUUACCACCAGUUAUAUAAGGUGCAGUUCUCAAUAAUGAGUGUUUUAGUUAUUUUGAAAUGUUGACAAGUGCUUUGGUGCCCAUAUGUUCUUGCCUAUGUUAAUAUUAAUGAUGUUGACCAUAAUUCUACUUUGUUCUAGGGUCAGUAACUGUGCAAUAUGUCAGGGCAUAGGUUUCCAGUGCAAUUAAGGUUACAGUCCUCACUCUCAACAAAGCUUGCUUUUUGUGUUGUGCAGUGUUAAGAAUGAAAAGCUUCUUGCUGCAAAUGAAUGUUACAGGAGCUAAAGGAUGCGUUGUAGUAAACAAAGAGAAGUUGACUAUGUAUACACACAUACUUGCACAUGUACCUGUAGGUAUGUAUGGGCGUGUGCCUCAGGGUGUCUGCAUGCAUGUGUUAGUAUGCAUAAAUGUGCCAGAAAAAUAAACCACUUAGGUUAAUUUGUUUUGUAAUUUCAACACUGGAAACACAUUUCCAAGAACCAACCAUGCUGUCAUAAGCAUUUUUAUCUCUCUGGACAUUUGUGGAAAAGUGCCCCUAGGGUCUAUAAAGUCUUGCUGUAUUUGACUAUGUUGAUAUUUUGGGAACACAAUCCAAGCGUGGAAAUAGAGAAGUCUGUAUGAAACCUACAAGUGAGGCUAAAGAAGGAAAAAACAAAAUUAAGGGUUGCUAUUGUAAAUUAGCUCGAGCUUUUAAUGCUUUUAAAUGAAUGCAGUUCCACUUAGUGUCUAGUCGUAACUUUAUGGCUUCCUUCCCUCAACUCCUAAGAACAAAUGAAAGAUAGCAGUUUAUUUGUGAGGGUGUGUAGAGGUUGUGUGUGUUGGGGAUGCAGAGCUGCCAGAUUAAGAAAAGUGGCUAUUUCCAUGUCAUUACCAGGGAUUAUAUAGAAAAAAAAAUGCAAGUUGUGAUAUGUUACUGUGUACAGCUGAAACAAUAACUUUAUUUGCCAAACCAAUAAAAGUGCUUUAGUUACAA